AUGGCUCCUUCUGCCUCGCAGCAGCCAACAACAACAGUCAAAGAGCGCCACUACGCUCAACUGUCCGCUCGUCUGGCCCACUUGGCUCACAAUGUCGCAGAUGUUCAUGGGCAUGUCGAGCUGGCUGCAGAGCAUAGCUUGAAGACUAGGGUGCUUGCCGCGAAUCAAGGGAGUUUAUUCAUGGCCGCUAAUGCGCAGGAGCUCGACAGGCCUAAUCGAGCUGGUGCUGCUGGUGGGGAGCAGGCCUAA